AUGAUGAAGAAUUAAUCAAUCUAACAGUAUAAUUAAGAAAACAAAAAAUUAAAAAGUAAUCUAAUCACAAAAUGUAUUCAAAAAUACAAAUAGGAAAGACGAAUUCAUAAGAAAGGAAUAAAUUAUUCGUUAAUAAAUGAUUAAAAAUCGUUUAUAUUGAUGUACUUUUGAAAAUUGAUGAAUAGUAAGAUAGAGAAGAUAAUAGAGGUAAUUAAAAAAAUUAGCAUUUGAACUUGAAAAAAUAAAGAAAGUUAUUGAAUUAUUAUCCUCUAUAAAAAUUAUAUUUUUAAUGAUGAUGACUGUAUAAAUAUUCCGAAUAUAGAAGUCAUUAGAUUGGAUGAACCAGAAAUAAUAAAAUAACAAUUAAGAAACCUUUAUCAAAAGAUAUGUUUGGGAAAUGCAUGUGUAAACUCUGGUAAAUCAUAUAAAAUUCAAAAUUCCAAAAUUUUUUUUUCUCAAUAAUAGAGCAAAAUAAAAAUGA